ACUACACCGUCACUGCCAGGGGCGCGCUGUGAUUGGAGGAGAUUCCAAGGAAUCUGUUACAGUGUGGGUCAAAACGGCUAACUGGAGUUUCAGUAACCAGGAAGGAGAACAGGAUCGGAGGUACAGCACGUACGAAAUUGGAGGGUGUCUACUGAUCAUGUCCACAGACCCAGAGCCAUCUCUCUUUGUAAAACUUUUUCACCUCGUCUUCCUCUCCACCUUUUGGGGCAUGCAGAUAUGGGUCACCUUUAUCUCUGGAUUUGUUAUGGACAGCCAUCUAAACAGACACACCUACGGCUUUAUUCAGAGUCGACUCUUCCCUUACUAUCUGCAUAUUGGCUCGGCCUGUGCUUUCUUCAACCUAACUAUUUUUGCCAUGUACCAUCCCAGUGACCUGAUGGAUGAUAAAGAGGCCUUUCAGAUCUUUGUUUUCUUUGUGUGUGUGACUGUGGCAGCCGUGAAUGCCCAAUGGUUUGGCCAGUUGACCUCUGAGAUUAUGGCGGACAUGCACAUGAUUGAGCAGGCUUGUGGACUGGGACAGGACAUUGGGCUCUCAUCCAACCGCGAAGCCUACUCCAAAUUGUGUGACAAAGACCCCAAGUACAAGCAGCUGAGCAGUCGAUUGUGGCUUUAUCACCUCCUCUCAUCGCUUUGUAACCUUUGCUGUAUUGUCUGCAAUGGCUACAGCCUUUAUUACCUGGCAGAAAACCUUACAACCCUUUGAUUGGCAGUCAGGUCUUUUAUAGUGAUCAUGUUCCCCAAAAUAAGGUGUGUACCACAUUCACACACUUAAUAUGUCUAUAUGCUGUGUAACAUCCGUCAAUGUAGUCUUUAGAAUCUUAGCUCCUUUUUUUCCUUUCUUUUAUAUCUUUGUAGUAUUUAUUGUGGUGCAGUGAUGUCCAGUCUUAUCCACAAGGGUGCAGUGUGGGGGCAGGUUUUCAUUCUAAUCAAGCUGGAGCUGCACUUUAAUCAGUAGAUCUUAAAUAGAAGAUCUUGUGUCUGUGUCUUGCGCUUAGCUGGAAUGAAAUAAUGCACUUAAGUUAUCUGAGCACAUAAGAUUUACGGUGAAAGUUUGGAAGAAGGGGUAGCCAAAAAUUUAUUAACCCAUGAAUAAUGCUGUUUAUAUCAGAUAUCUAGACAAAACCACAGAGCUACAUCACUGAUUUCAAAGUGUAAACGAAAGUAAAUUAUGUAAUACAGACACAUAAGAUAAACAUAAGAUAAAUAAAAAAAAAAAUCACAGGUGCUUGUUUUUGUGAUUAUUAUAUAAAUAGGUCUGACAUAGAAAGGUCAGGGAUAGACUUCCCUGGUGCUGGGUGGCUUGGGAAAAGAAUAUCUUAUGUACAGUUUAUUUGUACUUUUUCCUCAUCAGAAAAGGCAGGUGACUAUUAAUUGGGACUGGGGGAAACACAUCACAUUUAAAUGUACAGCAUUUAGCAGUAAACCACAUUAAAACAUCCACUUGGCUGAAAGUACUGAAGAAAUUACAUCUUAGCAUGUUAAAUGAUCUAGAAUGUAGACAAACUAAUCCAACAUUACCUGUAAAUAGAUUUAAAAAAUCAAAUUUAAGAUAUUAUGAACCUAUUUCUAGGGAUUUGUUUUUACUUAUUUUGAGCUUGAAAAAUAGUCUUGUUGUGUUUGCAGAAUCUUUCUCUAAUUUAAAGCAUUUAUUGUUAGGAAGAGGCAAAAUGAUCAAUCAAUAGAAAAAAGAAAAGUUAAAGCUUAAAUAUAGUAAAAUACUCUGACAUUGAUCAUUAAGCAUAGUUGAUGUGAACUGAUGCGCUUGACUAAAAUGAUCCUAAUAAAUUGGCCGGUCAGUGUAUACCUGGAAAUUGGCUUAAUAAGCUUGUAUUUGGUUUACUGUAAUAUGAAAUAUCAGGUAAAUGUGACUACAUUCAAGAUAUUGUAACUUGCUAAGCGUUUUUUUUUUUUCCUUUUUUUUUAUUUAUUUUUUUGACACUUAAUUUGUUUCACUGAAUGUAGUAUGCCGAAAUGAAAAAGAAUAAUACAGGGCAUUAUAAUCUCCUGUGUUCUGACCUAGCAGUGAUAAUCUUGGUACUGUGAUUUGCACUAUACAUUCUGCAUUAUGUUACAUCAUAGUGGAGCUGGUAUCCCAAUGUUAUUGGCAGUUGUUUUUUGACCAAGUUUGCCAGUAGUAUGCUUCUGAAUGUAUUCUUUUCUCACGUUGAAAAAGAAUUCUUCUUAAAUGGACAAACUGAAAUGCUUUGCCUUUUACAGCCCUGCCUCUUUACCACUCAAGUCAUGCAGGUUGUGCAGGUUACACAGCCUCAUAGCCAGUUGAAUAUACUGCUCUAUACACACCUAAAGCAGCAACAACAUUCUGCAGUUCAUCACAGAAAUGGCAUCAGAGUAUCACUGUAAUGUCUUGACAAAAGUAUAUUGUGUGUGUGUAAAUAUAUCAUGAUUAUACAAUAAUGUUGAUUGGUGUUAAGGUAACUUGUCCAUUUUUGUACAUUUCUGGCUCAUUUUGCUUAAGAAAUGCAAACUCUGGGUUAAAUUUCCUUCCAUGUUUUGAUAUAAUGUUACAUACUUCCAUGUAGCAUUUUUAUCUAGUAUUUGCUGGGGGCAUUGACAAUGUAUUUGUGUCUUAACUAGCUUUUUGAGGUAUUUAGACUAGAGCAUUGAGCAUUAAAAAAAUAUUUUAGUAAUUAAGCUGGUGAUGCUUUAAAUCUAUCCCUAUGGCUAAGGAAUAGUUUCUGUUUAAUGAAUGCAAAUGAACCAGCAGCGAUAUUAAAGCUUUUUUUGUUAACUGAUGCUAUAUUUCAUGCAGUGCCUUUGGAUAGAAUUAUAGAAUUUUUAAUUA